UCUCUGAAGGUGUGAACAUUUAAAAAGGAGACACAACAAGUAUGGCUGCCAGCAGCAGCAGCAGGAUUGAGAAGAGAACCAAUGGUGGUCUGACCUGGAGCUAUGUUCCAAUUACAAUCAAUCCUAAGGAGCUACUAUCAUCUUUCAGGACACAUUUAUGUCCUCUUUUGAGGUGGGGGCAAGAAGAAGAGCUGUCUACAAAGGAAUUUACUGAUGGAAUUACUAAUACACUGAUUGGUGUGUACCGUAGAGACAGAGGGAAAGAUGAUAUGGUGCUAAUUCGGUUUAACGGCCAAGACACAGAGAUAAUGAUAGACAGGGUUAGAGAAAUAACGACCAUGUUACUACUGAGUGAUCUCCGUCUCUCCACUAAGCUUCAUUGUCAGUUUGAUAACGGGAUAGCCUAUGGGUAUGUCCCCGGUCGACCAGUCACCAUAGACGAGAUGAGCGACCCUGCCAUGUGUAGGAGGAUUGCAAAGACCUUGGCAAGGUUUCACAAAGUUCAGGUCCCGGAGAGUCUCUCAAACGGAAAGUCAAGACUAUUGAAUGAGUUUUUUACGUGGUUUGAUAAGAUACCUGAUACAUACAGCAAAGAUGAAGAUAAUGAAAAAUAUUUGAGAUCAUUUGGUGGAUCUACUGAUCCUUUGAAGAGAGAAGUAGAGGAGCUUACAAUCGAAUUAGAGAAACUAUCGUCUCCACUUGUCUUAUGUCAUAAUGACCUCCUCUGUGGGAACAUCAUUUACAAUGAAGAAGAAGAUAAUGUCUCAUUUAUUGAUUUUGAAUAUGCUGGAUUGAAUCCAAGGGCAUACGAUAUUGCUGAUCAUUUUUGUGAAUUUGUUGGGAUCGAUAUUAAAGACAUUGAUUAUACUAAAUACCCAGGAGAAGAACUACAGAAGAAGUGGCUGAGAAUGUAUUUAACUGAAUUGAAAGGUACUAGUGAUAUCAGCGACACUGAUCUGCACCAGCUGUAUAGAGAAGUCAAUAAAUAUGCUUUGGCAGCACACCUAAUGUGGACAAUAUGGGGACUGAUACAAGCUUCAAUUGCUACCAUUGACUUUGAUUAUUUGACGUACAGCAGUGUAAGAUAUAACGAAUAUUUGGCUAAAAAGGAACAUUUCCUGUCCCUUUAAAUCUUACACCUCUGGACUUUAAAUAAUAAUAAUUAUAAUUAUAUUACAGAAAUAAAUAAUAAUAACAACAUUAAUAAUGA